AUGGAAAGGUACUAAUCAAAUAUAUUAAUUUGGUUGGGAAAGACCCCUAGAAUAGUCCUAGUAGUGGAUGAAAUCUAAAGCGCCAUCUUGGACCAAAAAAAUAGAAAAAAGACGAUGAAAUCUCUUCUUCUUCUUCUCCUGCUUCAGUUGGCCUUAAUCUUUACCCUCUCAGAAGCCAAAUCUUCGACGCUACCAGCCCAAGCUGACAAAUCCUUCAAUAUCAGCUAUAUCCAGAGUGUGACAAGCUGUUCUUACACGGCUGUUAUAACAACAAGCUGUUCUUCCUCCAAAUACACGCGUGAUCAGAUCAGUAUUUCUUUUGGGGACGCUUAUGGCAAUCAGAUUUAUGCACCAAGGAUAGACGAUCCAUCGACGAGGGCUUUCGAACGGUGUUCGUCUGAUACCUUUCAGAUAUAUGGACCAUGUGCCUACCAGAUUUGUUAUUUGUACCUCUACCGGACAGGACCAGAUGGUUGGAAACCAGAGAGUGUGAAAAUCUAUGGUUACAAUACUAGAGCUGUUACAUUUUACUACAACACCUUUAUCCCUAGUGACAUUUGGUAUGGGUUUAAUUUGUGUCAGAAUGCUUCUUCUUCACAUCAAAUUUCUACUCGGAGCUGGCUCAUAUAUGUGAUACUAGGGCUUGUUCUUAGUGUUCUCAUGUGAUUGUUGUAUUCAAUCUAGCCUUUUACAUUUCUUUGUUAUAUUAUACCAAAGUGCUCUUACAGUCUUUUGAUGUUUUCGUGUACUCUCUUUGUAAAGUAUUUUUUAAAAAAAAUACAAGAACUAUCUGAAAUAUUUUCAAUAA